AUGCCUCCAAAACGCACAGCAAAAUCGGCUGAGCCCAAGGCCGCCGCCACCACCGCGAAAGCUACCAAAACUCGCGGACGACCAGCAGCUGCUGAGAAAAAGACGACCACAACUACCACCACCAGCACCAAAAAGAGCGUCGCAACUACCAAAAAGACCACUCAGUCCAAGAAGCCCCUUCAAGAAGCAAAAGCCAACACAAGCGCAAAGCGCAAGGCCGAAGCCGACCUCGAAGAAAAACCACAGGGUAAGCGCCAGAAGCCUCAAGCCGAGACAAAAGCUGUCAAGAAGGAGCGCGUCAUCAAGAAGCCCACUGCUCCUCGAGCCAAAACCCCCAAGCCUGCGCUAGCACCCAAGCCUCCCAAGGAGAAAGUAGUCAUCAACACUGCGCCGACUACGCGUCUUGACGUGUUCGCCUUCGGGUCGAAUAGCAAUGCCGAACUGGGAAUGGGCGAUACCUUCAAGAAGGCUGAAUGUCCUCGACCCAAAUUCAACAGCGUCCUUUCUGAUGCCGGCGUGGUGCAGAUUUCGACUGGUGGAAUGCACGGUAUCGCGCUUACACAUGAUAACAAGGUUUUGACUUGGGGUGUGAAUGACCAGGGCGCUUUGGGUCGCGACACAAACUGGGAAGGUGGAUUAGUGGAUAUGGACAAGGCGGAGGAGUCUGGCUCUGAUGAUGACGACGAGGAGAUUGAAGUCAACCCCAAGGAAGCUACUCCUUCAGUGAUUGAUCUGUCUGGUGUCGAGAAGGGGACUGUUUUCACCCAGGUUGUCGCUGCAGACAGUGCUUCUUUCGCACUUACCGAUGAUGGUUUUGUCUAUGGAUGGGGUACUUUCCGCAACAGCAAUGGUGUCUGGGGUUUCUCUCCCGAGGUCAAAAUCCAGCAGACUCCUACCCUCAUCCCUGGUCUGAAGAACGUCACCAAGAUCGCCGCCGGCAGCAACCACGUCCUCGCCCUCUUGACUGACGGCACCGUUCACUCCUGGGGAUCCGGUGAACAAGACCAACUGGCCCGUCGUCUCGUGGAACGCCGCGCCAAAGAACAAGGCCUUGUCCCUCAAAAGGUUGGCUCGAAGCGUGGAUUCAUCGAUGUUGCUGCUGGCGCCGACCACUCUUUUGCCCUACACAAAGAUGGGUCUGUCUAUGGUUGGGGAUUGAACAACUACGGCCAGACCGGUAUUGCCAGCAAGGCUGGUGAAAGUGAAGCUGGCGUCCUCAAGCCUACUGUCAUUCCCAGCUUGAAGGGUCAGAACAAGAUCACCCAGAUUUCUGCUGGAAACUUCAACACUCUUGCCAUCACCGACAAGAACGAAUGUCUCGUCUGGGGCCGUAUUGACAACCACGCCACCGGCAUUGACGCUAGCACUUUGGCCAAAGACGACGUGAUCUUUGACGACCGCGACCGCCCUCGUAUCUUGACCAAUGCAACCCGCAUCCCUAAUCUCGAGGUCGCUUACGCCACUUAUGGCACCGAACAUGCCAUCGCAGUCACCACAGACGGCAAAGCAUACUCCUGGGGCUUCAACUCUUCCAACCAAACCGGCCAACCCGGCGAUGACGAUAUCAAAGUUGCUACUUUGAUCAGCUCAAAGGCCGUGCAAGAGAAGAAGUUUGUCUGGGCUGGUGCUGGCGGUCAGUACGGCAUGAUUGCGACUGUCAGGGAGUAG